ACCAUAUUAUUAAAAUAAGGAAUUCAAGAAUUUUUGUUUUAUUGUUAGUGUUUUUAAUUAAAAAAAUAAAAAUAAAUGAAAUGGACAAUUCCACAAAAGUAACAAAUUGGAAGGAAGCUCAUGAAAUUUGCAUUGUUACUUAAAAAGAGUUUGUCCACUCUCUCAUUCAUCAUCUCUUGCUUCCUUUAUUUGAAUUUUAAUUAUUUUUGGUUAAAUAAAAAUUUGAUGAAAUUCCCACUUAAAAAUAAAUUCCUUUCUGCCCAUUUAACAAUGAAAAUGGCAGAUUACCAAUCAUCCUUUCCCCUCUAAAGGAAACACCCAUCAUUGCUCCCAACAAUCCUUUUCAACCUUUGAAACCUGAGCUUCUAAGAUAUUCCAAUUCCUCCCCUCUUCAAUUGCAUUCCAAUUCAAUUCAAUUCAAUUCCCCUUUUUUUCAUUUAAUUCUAUCAAAAAAAUAUAAUUAAAAAAAAAAACUUUUUUUUUUCCUUCUCAAUUUAAAUACCCCCUUCUUUACAACCUUUUUCCUUCCCCUGCUUCUUCAUUCACUCACUUCUCAACUCAUAAUCACCAAAAUUCUUUCUCUUAAACUUUCUCUUUUGGGUUUCGGUGUCUCUCUCCUCUAUCGUUAAAUUAUGGAUCCUAGUUCAUCUGUAAAUGGGUUUUACACCUUCUUAACCAGAGGAAUAGAUGAUCUAGAAAGAGUAUUCCUUUCCAAUAAUUUCAUGUCAAUCCAAUUCCUUCAAAGAACUCUUUCUCUUCUUCGAUCAUUUCAUUCCCAAUUAACUCUUCUUGUCCAAAAACUUCAUCUUCCCGUUGGAGACAAAUGGCUUGAAGAAUACAUGGAUGAAAGCUCCAAGCUUUGGGAGGCUUGUCAUGUCUUAAAAUCCGGCAUCUCUACCAUGGAGAAUUACUACUCUUCCGGCCUCAACAUCGCUUCUUCUCUCGAUAACCAUCGCCAUAUCACUCCCCAGCUCUCUCGCCAGGUGAUUCGAGGGCUAUCAGGAUGCAGAAGAGAAGCAAUAGGAUUGGAAGAAGAAAACAGAGCGUUAGUGGAGACAAGAAUCCAAGCACUAUCACUAAGAAUGGAUGAAAAAGUAUUAAUCGAAUCGAAAUUGAAUGGAUUCAAUGGGUUCAGAGGAGUACUUUACGCGAUGAGAAAUGUAAGCUCAUUACUACUAAUGAUCCUACUUUGUGGACUAGUGUACUGUUGGCCGGAAUCAAGCAACUUUCUGAGGGGAGGUUAUGAUGAUUACGAAGGGUGUGUGAUAUUCGGGUCGGGUUUUAUGGUAUCCACAACACGACUACAGCAAAGGGUAGGAGGACAAAUAAACCAGAUGAAUGGUGGAGGAAGAGCAGGGGUGUUGUUGUACGAGUUUCGAAGAUCGAAGGCGGCCAUGGAAGAGCUCAGGGCAGAGUUGGAGAGGAAAGGAGGUGAGAGAGUGGAAUGGGAAUCUGAAGUGGGGAUUAGAGAUAGAGUGGACAAUUUGAAAGGUUGUUUUGGAGUGUUGAGAUCUGGUGCUGAGAAUAUUAUUAGCCAACUUGAUGAUUUCUUUGAUGAAAUUGUUGAAGGUAGGAAGAAACUUUUGGACUUUUGCAGUCACAGUCACAGGUAAAUUUAAUUUAAUUUUUUUUUUUUUGGAAAAAAUCUAGGAAACCCCCAAAAAAAAAAGAAAAAAGAAAAAAAGUUGGAAUUUGCUGGAUUGGAAACUAUCAGAGAUCAAGCAAAGAAAUACAGAGAAAACAAAAAAAAAAGGAAGAAUGAAGAUGACACAGUCAAAAAGAAAGAAAAAAAAAAUGUUAAGUAAAAUUAAGAAGGAAUUGAAGAAGAUGGGUUUUGGUUGUAAUUUUAAUUGUUGUUGUUGGUAAAGGCUUUUUUUCCCCACAUUUUGCUCAACAUGGUUUCCUUAGUGCACUUAGCAGCAACAACACUGAUGAUGAAUCAAGGAGGAUGUGUUUUUCCCAAAAAGCCCUUGUGUUUUUUUUUUAAUAAUUUAUUUAAUUAUGUUUUUUUAUUAGAUGAGAAUAUUAUUAGAGUAGGAAUGUAGUAGUAGUAGUAGUUUCUUAAUUUUUUGUGUUCAGCAACUAGUAUAUGAUUCCAUACUGCUGUAAUCAAUCAUUUUCUGAAUGUAGAGGAGUUUCAAUGUAAUCUAUAAAAAUCAAAACUUUCACAGUUUU